AGCAAUCGAAUGUCUUUAUCACUUCUCUCAAAAUUCAGUAGGGGUGUGCCAUCACCAGCACUCGCCCAUAUCGCCAAACGAACUUUUUCAAGCGUCAACUUUUCUCAAAUUCUCAGGAGGCCGCAAAACUCUUCACUUCGUCUUCGGUUAGUACGAAACAUAUCGAAUUCGAAUCCUCUGCCAAAAAUGACAGAAGCGGGUAAAAAUAUUGUACUCAAAAGGCACGAUUUGAUCGUUAAAGGAGCACAGGAUGCUAGAGAAUAUCGCGGUCUUGAACUAACAAAUGGAAUUCGUGUCCUUCUGGUUUCCGAUCCAACAACUGACAAAUCUGCAGCAGCGUUGGAUGUGAAAGUUGGACAUCUUAUGGAUCCUUGGGAGCUUCCAGGACUUGCUCAUUUCUGCGAGCACAUGCUCUUCCUAGGCACCGCCAAAUAUCCUUCGGAGAACGAAUAUUCCAAAUUCCUUGCCGCACAUGCUGGAAGUUCCAACGCUUACACCUCAUCGGAUCACACGAAUUAUCACUUUGACGUGAAACCUGAUCAACUGCCAGGAGCACUGGAUCGCUUCGUUCAGUUCUUCUUGUCGCCACAGUUCACUGAAAGUGCCACGGAGAGAGAAGUGUGCGCCGUUGACUCUGAGCACUCGAAUAAUCUGAACAACGACCUUUGGAGAUUCCUUCAAGUCGACCGCUCGCGCUCCAAACCUGGGCACGACUACGGAAAAUUCGGAACUGGAAAUAAGCAAACAUUGUUGGAGGAUGCUCGUAAGAAAGGCAUUGAGCCCCGUGAUGCUCUUCUUCAGUUCCACAAGAAGUGGUACAGCUCUGAUAUCAUGACAUGUUGUAUCGUAGGAAAGGAACCCCUCAACGUCCUUGAGUCAUACUUGGGAACUCUUGAAUUUGAUGCCAUUGAAAAUAAAAAAGUCGAGCGAAAAGUCUGGGAGGAGUUCCCGUACGGACCGGACCAGCUCGCGAAGAGAAUCGACGUGGUUCCAAUCAAGGACACAAGACUGGUUUCGAUCAGUUUUCCAUUCCCUGAUCUCAACGGAGAGUUCCUCUCUCAACCUGGACACUACAUUUCUCAUUUGAUUGGCCACGAAGGACCCGGAUCCUUGCUCUCUGAGCUCAAGCGACUUGGAUGGGUGAGCUCGUUGCAAUCGGACAGCCACACACAAGCAGCUGGAUUUGGAGUUUAUAAUGUAACUAUGGACUUGAGUACUGAAGGUCUUGAACACGUCGAUGAAAUUAUCCAGUUGAUGUUCAAUUACAUUGGAAUGCUUCAAUCCGCAGGCCCUAAACAAUGGGUUCAUGAUGAAUUGGCGGAGCUCAGUGCUGUUAAAUUCCGGUUCAAGGACAAGGAACAGCCGAUGACUAUGGCCAUCAAUGUUGCUGCGAGUCUUCAGUACAUUCCAUUUGAACACAUCCUGUCUUCUCGUUAUCUUCUCACCAAAUAUGAGCCAGAACGUAUCAAGGAACUCCUCAGUAUGCUCAGCCCCGCCAAUAUGCAAGUUCGUGUUGUUUCUCAAAAGUUCAAAGGACAAGAAGGAAAUACUAAUGAGCCAGUUUAUGGAACUGAAAUGAAAGUAACUGAUAUCAGUCCAGAAACAAUGAAAAAGUAUGAGAAUGCUCUGAAAACCAGCCACCAUGCUCUUCAUCUGCCCGAAAAGAACGAAUACAUCGCCACGAACUUUGAUCAAAAACCACGUGAAUCUGUUAAAAAUGAACAUCCAAGACUGAUCAGUGAUGAUGGAUGGAGUCGAGUUUGGUUCAAGCAGGAUGAUGAGUACAAUAUGCCAAAACAGGAAACAAAGCUGGCUUUGACAACUCCAAUGGUUGCUCAAAAUCCAAGAAUGUCCUUGCUUUCCAGCCUUUGGUUGUGGUGUCUCAGCGACACUCUCGCCGAGGAAACCUAUAAUGCUGACUUGGCUGGCUUGAAAUGUCAGCUUGAGUCUAGUCCAUUCGGUGUACAAAUGCGGGUAAGCAAUCGACGAGAAGCUGAACGUCAUGCAUCACUAACCUUACAUGUGUAUGGAUACGAUGAGAAACAAGCACUGUUUGCUAAACAUUUGGCCAACCGUAUGACCAAUUUCAAAAUCGACAAAACUCGCUUCGACGUUUUAUUCGAAUCCCUUAAGAGAGCUCUGACAAAUCACGCAUUCUCUCAACCCUACCUGCUCACUCAACACUACAAUCAGCUUCUCAUUGUCGAUAAAGUUUGGAGCAAAGAGCAACUUCUUGCUGUCUGUGAUAGUGUCACUUUGGAGGAUGUUCAAGGAUUCGCGAAAGAAAUGCUUCAAGCAUUCCAUAUGGAACUCUUUGUCCAUGGAAAUUCUACUGAAAAGGAAGCAAUUCAAUUGUCAAAAGAAUUGAUGGAUGUUCUCAAAUCAGCUGCACCGAACUCUCGUCCAUUGUAUCGUAAUGAGCACAAUCCUCGUCGCGAGUUGCAAUUGAACAAUGGUGAUGAAUACGUCUACAGACAUCUACAGAAGACUCAUGACGUCGGAUGCGUUGAAGUGACUUAUCAAAUUGGUGUUCAGAAUACGUACGACAAUGCUGUUGUUGGACUGAUCGAUCAGCUCAUCAGAGAACCAGCAUUCAACACUCUCAGAACUAACGAAGCCCUUGGCUACAUUGUUUGGACUGGAUCUCGCCUGAACUGUGGAACUGUAGCACUCAAUGUUAUCGUACAAGGACCAAAGAGUGUUGAUCAUGUUCUUGAACGCAUCGAAGUGUUCUUGGAGUCGGUUCGUAAAGAAAUUGCUGAAAUGCCACAAGAGGAAUUCGAUAAUCAAGUUUCUGGAAUGAUUGCUCGGCUUGAAGAGAAGCCGAAAACGUUGAGUAGCAGAUUCAGAAGAUUCUGGAAUGAGAUUGAAUGCCGACAGUACAAUUUUGCACGUAGAGAAGAAGAAGUUGCACUUCUGAAAACUAUCAAGAAAGAUGACGUCCUUGAACUCUUUGACAAGAAAAUCCGCAAAGAUGCAGCGGAACGGCGCAAGCUUGCUGUCUUCGUCCACGGAAAGAAUGAGGACCAGGAGGCUGUCAACACUAUUAUCAAGAAGAAUGCCGAAUCUGGAAAGAAAGAAAAGGAAGUUCUCUAUUCGGAUCAACUUCGACAAUUCCUUCCACUGUAUGGACGACCAAUCGCAGCUAUAGACUUGAAGCCAAUUGGUGUCGAUCCACUUGAGCACCAGGAGACUACGAAGUCUAAGUAUUAGUUGUAUUAUUUGUUAUGUUGUAUUUCCCCGUGAAUGAUCCCGGAUACUCGGUUUUCUCUGUGAGAUAUUAUGUCAUGAUUGAUGCCCCAUGAUUGUUUCCUAUUGUAUUUUAUUGGUAUGAACUAUUAGAUUCUCUAAAACAAAGUUUCGCAAUGAAAAGUUAGAUUA